AUGCACGUCCACGUCAGACCUCGGCAAGCAGUGAGUGUACGGCAAAGUCAGCACAAGCUAUUCGCCUCAAGCGCACUCGGCCAUCAGACCAUGAUGGUCCUACAACGUCCAGUCAUGCAGGCUGCUCGAUCAGCUCGAGCGCUUCCCAGCACUAGCUUGCUCGCAAGCGGGGUAGUCUGUCCCCUCUCGACUUCUCUAGCACCUCCAUCACGCUCCUUCUCGAGCUCCUCGCACCAUCAGAUUGAGCGGAGUAGGCUAGUCCAGCAAGCCGAAGAACCAAAGAAGAAAGGCAUCCUCGGUUCUCUACUGCAUGGAUCUGCAAAGGCACAGAAAGAGGGCGUCAUCGAGCAGCAAUCCCAUUCGACGAGUGUCGCGAGAGGCAAAUACGUUCACGAAAUUCAGAAGCACAAGGUUUAUCCGGGCAAAGUCGACGAAUACAAGGAGCUCAUCGGCAAUUUCUACACCCAUAUUGCAAACUCGCCAGCGUAUGCAGUCAAGCUGACGGGAUCAUGGGAGACCAUCGUCGGCGAGCUCGAUACCUUCUAUCACAUUUUCGAAUUCGAAGGAUACGCGGGCUACGACAGCGCACAGCCCAAAAUCGCACAAUCAAAGGAGUAUGCCGAGUUUAGGCAAAAGGUGAUGCCGUUGAUCGAAGCGCGCACAUCUCAAAUCUGCCAAGAAUUCGCUUUCUGGGCUUCCGCGCCUCCCAAUCAGUAUGGCGGUAUCUACGAACUCAGAUCGUACACUCUGAAACCCGGCAGUCUGCUAGAAUGGGAAACAGAAUGGCGCCGAGGACUUGAAGCGAGACGCAAGUUUGUCGAGCCCAUCGGGGCAUGGUUCGCCCAGAUCGGCUCGCUACACAAUGUCGUGCACAUGUGGCAGUACGACAGCCUCGAGUCUCGCGCUGCUACCCGCGCAAAGGCAUGGGAAGUCGAAACAUGGUCGCAAACGGUGUCCAAAACGGUCAAGCUAUGCUAUCGCAUGCAAGCCGACAUUCUCAAACCGCUACCCUUCUCGCCAUUGCGAUGA